GUUCGAGGUAAACUGCACGCAUUCGUCUUCUGUAUUUCUGAUGUUCUGUUUAUAAUUAGGCAGACGUUGCUUCCUUGCGUAUGCUCGUUUUGCAUUCGUCAAUUGCAUUCAGUUUUCUCAAACUAAACAAAUGUUUUGUUUAUAAUUUGGAGACCCUUUCAUGGCUUAUUCUGCAUAUCCUGACAAAGAAGUACCAUCUACUAGUCUUACAAUGGUUGAUAGAUUGCCUUCAAGUCCUACAAAUACUUAUAUUAGUGGCAUACACUUUGAUCUAAAGCCUUCGUUAAACAGGUCUUUAUGGAAAACCUGUUAUGUAUUUCGAGAAGGAAGAAAGGGAGGGAAAAUGACAUUUCAAGGAAAGGUUUAUAAUUACUUAGAGCGUCCAACUGGUUGGAAAUGCUUUGUGUAUCACUUCACUGUAUUUUUAGUUGUUUUGGUGUGUUUGAUAUUCAGCGUUUUGUCUACUAUCGAUCAGUAUACAGAGUUUGCUAUUGAAACCUUGUUCUGGAUGGAAACUGUAUUAGUUGUGUUUUUUGGAGUAGAAUAUUUGAUACGCCUGUGGGCUGCUGGUUGUCGAAGUAAAUAUAUGGGACUUUGGGGUCGACUAAGGUUUGCCCGAAAGCCUAUCUCUAUUAUUGAUCUCAUCGUUGUAAUUGCAUCCAUAUUAGUGCUUGCCCUUGGAUCUAAUGGUCAAGUUUUUGCAACAUCUGCAAUAAGGGGAAUUCGAUUUCUUCAAAUCUUACGCAUGUUACAUGUUGAUCGGCAAGGAGGGACAUGGCGUCUUCUUGGUUCAGUUGUGUUUGUUCAUCGUCAGGAGCUUAUUACAACUCUAUACAUUGGAUUUUUAGGCCUCAUAUUUUCUUCAUAUUUCAUGUAUUUAGCUGAAAAAGAAGACGUUGGUAUAGUAGGAAAAUCAGAUUUUACAAGUUAUGCAGAUGCCUUAUGGUGGGGAGUGAUAACAGUUACUACAAUUGGAUAUGGUGAUACUGUUCCUAAAACAUGGAUGGGCAAAAUAGUAGCAUCUUGUUUCUCUGUUUUUGCUAUUUCAUUUUUUGCAUUACCAGCUGGCAUUCUUGGUUCUGGUUUUGCUCUGAAAGUGCAGCAAAAGCAACGUCAGAAGCAUUUCAAUAGACAAAUUCCUGCAGCUGCAACAUUAAUUCAGUGUUUAUGGAGAUGUUAUGCAGCUGAUAAAUCUUUUAUGUCCACUGCAACAUGGAAAAUUCACAUCAAAGAUUCGGAAUUGGGUAAUUCUUCUAACUUCAAUACACCUUUGAGCAAGCUGCUGCUGCUUUCCCGAGAAACUGGUGACAAAGGUUUGUUUCCAGGAGUUUCUAAAACAUUUCAAGAAACAUGGCAGGUGGCCAAAAAGGCGAGUGUUCUGAAAAGAAGAAAGUCUAAAACCAAAAUUGAAGUUCUCUUAAGUAGCAGUAACAAUGAAUUAUCUGCCCAGCAAAGAGAGAGUGACAAUGAAAUAAAUGGAGAAGAAAACAAAUCGGGUUUAACCCGUCAAAGAUCAAUAAAAAAAGAUUUUAAACUACAGUGUCAAGCAGCACAAGCCCAAGCAUAUCAAAACGAUGUAGGUUCUGAUGAAAUUGAAAUAGAUAUUGAUGACCCACCCAUGCUGACAGUACUUACUGAAGCACACAAAAACGCCAUUCGUGCUAUAAGAAAGAUAAAAUAUUUUGUUGCUCGUCGGAAGUUUCAGCAAGCUCGUAAACCAUAUGAUGUUAGAGAUGUCAUUGAACAGUAUUCACAAGGACAUUUAAAUAUGAUGGUUCGUAUCAAAGAGCUUCAAAGAAGGCUAGAUCAUACUCUUGGGAAACCAGGUUCUUAUCUUGCCGAAAAGGGUAUGAAGCCUAUGACAAUUGGAGCUCGUUUGCACCGCAUGGAACAACAACUGGUAAAUCUGGAUCGGAAGAUGGAUGUUGUUAUAUGCACUGUAAACAUGUUAGUAGAAAAAUUGACUAGUGGACCAGUAAACGUUGAACAGGAUAUAUAAUGAAUUGAAAAUUAACAUUUGUCUUAGUUUGCUUUCUUUUCUGUCAUCUAUUUUAUCUUUUAAAUCUCGCUGUAGCAUUUAAUAAUUAGCAUUUUUCUUGUAAACUGUUUGAAUAAGGUUCUUUCUGCCCAGUUAGACUCAGUAUCCUGAGAACUAUUUUGAAUUUUAGUUUAUUUCUGAUCACAAUGUUGCAAAAAGAAAAGGCUCUUUCUAACCAAAACUAGAAGACGAAUAAUGUUUUAGGUGUGAAGAAUUUCCAGCCUUAAUUUUUCAUAGGCUCUUAGGGAUUUGCUUUCUGUAUUUUUAACAUUUUUAUAAAAUAAAGAAAAAAUAAUUUUAAUAAUAAUGAUAAUCAAAAUAAUUUUUAAUAAUAGAAAAUGUCUAUUUAUGCAGACAUAAUUGUUAAAGUUUGUCUUUCAGUUGUAUGUGGAAUUUAUUUCAAACUUCUUAAUAUUUUUUUUUAAAUACAUUGUAAACGAUUGAAACAACCGAGAUAUAAGAGCUUGUUUAUCUAUCAAGGAUUCGUUUCCAGUCAUAUAGCCUAAUUCUGUUUUUUUUUUCCCCUUCUCUUUGUGUAUUGCGUUUAUUUUAUCCAUAAUUCUGAUAUUUUCAUUAAAUAAUCUUGCUUUUUUUUUUCUUAGUUAUUGGAAGCUGUUCGAAGGGUUACUUUGCAUGAUUUUACUCAAAAUGUUUCAAUCGCAAGUAUCUCGUUAAAAUAGGAGCCAUUCUUAAAAAAGAUUAAAUUUGAAUGUUAUUAAUAUUCUAAAUUUAAAAUAUCUUUCUAAAAUAUUCUUAUUUAGAUAUUUACAACUCCAACUGAUAAUUUCUUGUUAGCACAUUGUUUUUCUUUUAUCAUGAUGUUUUUAGACGAAUAAUGUGCACUUAGAUAUUUGGAAAUAUCAUGAUCAUAUUUUAGUGUAUCUAGCUACUCAUACCUAAUAUUUUUUAAAAAGUAAGCCUCAAAACGCCUUAAUCAAAUCCCGAAUAAGUAUCAAAACAUUUGUUUACUAUACAUCAAACUACAGAAUUUUUUAUCUUUUUUAUUUAGAAAUGUUUAAUUUUGGCAGCUUUUUUAGAAGCAAUACCUACGUAUUUUUGCUCUUAUUUAAGGCUACCUUUUAUAUUGCUAAUAUUAAGAUUAUAAAAAUGUAAAAUUUAUUGAACUGUGAGCAAAUUCUGAGUAAUAUAUAAUGUAAUUAUCCUGUAACUGCACUAGUGGCGUACCGCGCGGGGAGGAAAGGAGUAUAAUUGCAGUCUUAGGGGGCGCCAUAGAUUAAACAUUAUGUUUGUCUCUUUCUCAAGUGAAAUAUCAUGAAGACGCUGGAAAAUGGUGGCAUGUCUUAGUUUCCAUUUACGUUUGAUGAUGAUUAAGGGACGAAAAUAAUGGACAUCAAUUCUUGCACAAACUUAGUGCUUAGUACUGGUUCUAAAGAACUUGCUUACACAUCAGUGUGUAAACAAUGUUUUGCCAACUCAUACAAUUAGUUGUCGUGUAGUGUACACAGAAGUUGUAAUAAAAGUUUAAUAUCAUCGAUGCAUGAAUAAUAUAUACACUUUUGUUAUACAUCUUUUCAUUAUUCUAGAUAUAAUUCUAGACGAUUUAAAGUCGCAUAGUCGAAUGAUGUUGCCUCCUUUUAAAUUGAAAUCAAAAAUGGGUGUAGCAUAAAGAGGAUAACAAUAUCUUGAAGUAAAGUUUUGCAUUUUUAAGUAAUAUAUCUUUUUUUGUCUGUAAUCUGUUUAUUACUUGACUCGUCUUAAAGUAAUAUUUUAGUCAUUUGUCAUAUAAUAUGCUUGAUAACUGUAUGUAAAUAAUCUGUGAAAGCUGUGAAUAAUCUGUUUUUUGGUUUUUAAAAGUAUUUGAAUGAGUAAGGUAAUUUCUUAAGGCAAUUAAUUUUCUAUAUUCAUACCACUUAACACUAAACUUACUGACAUUUUACAACACAUUGAUGCUACCAUUCGUAAACAGUCAUCUGACCUGUUGCAAUUAGUUUAGUGUUACACAUUUCCAAUAAAUUUAUUCAAGAUUGAAUGCAAAAUAUUAAAAAAAAAUCCAAAAAGGUCUCACUUUCGUAUUGUGAAAACGUCUGUGAUAUUUAGAAUGACAUCCUGGUAUAAUAAGUUAUAUUUUUCUGUAACACAACUUGAAUAGCCCCUCCCCCUCUCCUUCGCUUUAUUACUAUAUGAAGAGAAAUCGUCCUUUGCACCAUUUUCAUGUAGUAGCAUAUUUCUAGGAAAUAAAUAGAAUAACCUUUGUUUGCAUUAAUGGUACCGAAUUAGAUUGCAGAAAAAACUCCUAAAAAAGCUUUUUAUAAAGUUUUUAAAAUGUACUAUAAAAAAUUUGAUAUGCGAAUUUUACGAAUUAUAUAUUAUGACAUCUUAAUCUUUUUUUUUUUUUUAACCAUCAGGAAUUUCAUGUUUUAAAGUAAAAUUAGAAGUCAAAGGUAGUCUUACUCGCCUAAUAUCAACUUAAUUUUUUUUUUUUCAGAAUUUUUGUAAAAGUGCUUUAUUUGUUUAUAACUUUAAAACUGAAUUGAUUAAUUCUUAAUUAUAUUGAAAGAUGUUCACUUUUGUUAUUUGGUUCAAGUUCUAAAAGAAGUUUGCCUAUUUUAUUAUCUCAUUUUUAAUAGUGGGCUUUUGGUUCACAUAAAACAUGCUGAAUAUCAUACUGUAAGAAAUAAGCUUUUUAUCUAAUUUAAUUUGGAACAUUUAAAACAUGAUAAAUUUAUCCAUCCACCUCCAUCGCGUUUUCGGUGUAUACAGUUUUUCCAACAUAUAUUGAAAUUUAUAAUUGUAUAAAAUCGGUAAUACCAGAAAGAAAUAAACCUCUAAAUAAAAUUUUUCGCAACUUGAAUUUUGCAUAUGAAUACAAAGAGAAUAUGACCUGACAACAUUCUGUAAUUUCACAUAUUGUAUGUCAUUAAUUGAACCAUCAUUAAAUUGAUUUCAUUCCUAAUAUUUAGAAGAGAAAACACUGCAUACUCAAUAAAUAUACAUUGUAUUUCAAAACAAUUGUUUAUUUGACUGAUUUGAUAUAUAUUUUCAUGUAGUUAUGCAACAAUUUUUGAGUCAAGACUCGUAGUGUUCAAGAAAUAUUGAUGAAGCAGUCCUGUGUGUAGUGGUAUGAAGAAAAAAAUUCAGUUUUUGUUUUGUUUUUUUUUUACUUUCAAUGCUUUUUUUUGUACAAGCUUUUUAAAUAUUUUCUUGUCAAAUAAAAUAUAAUUUGAAAAAAUUUGAAGAAAAAAUUAUGGGAGUGUUAAAUUGUAUAUUUUUUUUAUCAUACGUAUCUCCUUGAUUUUAAAAAGCUACUUAUUGUUACAAAUGUGUGAAGUUGUUGAGAGCACAAAAUUAGAAGUAUCUACUAUAUAUUUUGGAAGAAGCACACUUUACCAUUUAGAUAUUUUUAAAAUAUGUUGUGUCUUGCAAUUUUCAGACUUCAUAUAAAUGUUUGAUAGCAUAUAUUAAAGCUUUUGUAAACACUUUCUUAGGAUUCCCUGAAAUUUUUUCCAGAUAAAAAAAUUGUUAUCGUUUUAAUAUAUGAAAUUCUGUCAAGUAUUGUAUAAAAUUUUAUAGAUGUUUUUAACAUAUAUUGUGAAAUUGUGUCGUCAUAUAAAAUUAUAGAAAUGUCAAUAUAGUUGGCAACUUGAUAAUUUUUUUAUUAUUUGGGUUGCAUUUUUGUGUGUCUCUUUAUAAAUGCACUGCUUUACAUUUUCUUCCUAAUAUGUACAUUAUAUUUGGGAUAGCGCGAAAAGCUGCAAUAAUAUCUGUGAAUUUAUAUUUUUACGAUGUUUGCAGAGAUUUUAAAUUUUGAAAUGUGAGUAUUUUAUUUUUUUAAUAAUUCAUGAAACUAUAAAUGGAUAAAUUGUUGCACAAAUAUCAAUUUGGUGAAAGCCUAAAGAAGAACUCACAAAUGGGAAAAAAUUAUUUGCCUAAUCCCUUAAAAAUAUUUUAUUCAUUUGCAGAAGUUAACAACAAUGACGCAGAGUUUUACAGAUGAACGAUAUAUUAUUUAGUAGAAGUUAAUUUCGGUAUGAAAUAGCAUUGUUGUUUUUUAAUAUAAUUUCCUGUGAUUGUAAUAAGUUUUUUAAAAAAAACGCUGUGGUUUCUGUUCAUGAGUGAACAUUCUUUUGUAUGGCUGCGAAAAAAAAUGUUAUGAUAUCAAGUGCUAUUUUCAUCGAUUUGAAACUAUUUUACAUGAUAAAAAGAGCUGGCAUUUGAUGGAUCUAUUGAAAAAUUACACUCGUGUUUCAAUAUCAAGUGAGCUUAUAAAAACAACUUUUAUUUGCUUGAAUUAUAGACUUAUGUAUGUGUAUUAAGAUAUAUUAUUACCUCUAGCAGUGUGUACCCAAGAAAGAAUAUGUAGAUUUAUUCUUGGACCUCUCCCAUCCACAUACAAUAUUCUAGACCUCAUUAUCGUGAUGUUGAGUGUAUGUUCUUUAAAAGCAGUGCUUGAUUAAAUCCUAGUGGCAGACUAGGUUAUUGAAGUUUUCACUCCCACCUCCAACCCUCUCCAACUUCCAAAAACAGAUUUUUUUUUAUAUUGAUUUUAUUUAAUUUGUGUAUAAACAGUUUCAAGUAGAAAAUAUUAUGAUAAGUUAAAAUGAAAGAAUAUAUUAUUGUGAGUCACCUUCAUACGAGUUAGUUUCCAUAUCUCGAGUAAAAAAUUAAUUUAAAAUAAUAAUCAACAAAUUAUAAAGGAAUUGCAACAAUUUUUAACACAAUAUAAAUAUUCUGAUUACAAAUCUCGCUACAGCGAAAAAAUACCCGGACCAUACUUAGUGGGUGGCAAACUGGAAACACGAAAAAAAAAAUCCCAGGAAUAGUGUUUAAAUUUUAUAUAAUCGGUUAUAAUUUGAAUAAGUUUGAGUACAGCAAAUGAAAAUAAGGAAAAAAAUAAUAUCGUGAUCCUCCCAACCUUGAAAGAUCCAUAAUCAUUUGUGUAUUUAAUAAUCCAUGUUUGAUAAAAACACGUUUUGAAAUAUCUUUAUGUAUCCUCUCUGUAGCAAACAUAAGUAUUUCAUAAAUUUCCAAUUUAAAACUUCCAUAAUAAGUGAUCUGCUCAAUAGCAUUGAUCAUAGUUCUCAAAUUAAAAAAAAAAAAAUCUAUACAUUCUUUGGAUAUUUAAACUGCAGAAAAUUUAGUUAUGGUUGUUCCUUCUAAAGAAUUGUCUUUUUCUCUCACUCUUAUUCCCCCCCCCCCUUCUUUCAUUACAUUAAUAUUUUUUCUAUGAAGUUUAUAUGAAUAAUAUUGAUUUAUUUUAUCCUUCAUGUCAUUUUCUUCCAAAUUUUGUAACUAUGCAUUUUGAUUUUAGGCCUAUCUACAUAUUCUUUUAUCACUUUAUUAAAUUAAUGUAUGUUUAUAAUAUAUAUUUUUUCUCAAAUUUAUUUAUGGAAAGCUUGUAGUAAUGUAAACACAUUUUAAAUAAUAUUUUAAAAGUUCAACAGUUGUGUGGUAUUAUUUAACUUUUGAAGCUUGUGUUGUAAAAAUUUAGUUUUUUUUAAUUUAUUUAUUUAAAUGAAAUACCAAUUUAAUAAUCGAAACUUUGUUCCACAUUAAUAAAUGUUGAUGUAUGUUGUGUACUUAGCUUAGCGAUUCAUUUGUUUAUACCUAUGUAAGUUUUAUUUCUAAAUAAUUUACUGAAUGACCCCUUAGAAAAAAACCUAUUAUUAAUAGGGUUUUUUCUAAUAACUAUUGCAUAACUGACAAUAGCUCUGUUUAGUUGUUUCCCUAAAGUGUUUGUACUUUCUUUGAUUCUUAAAAAGUGGAAUGCUUGCAUUAGUGUCAUUAAUAUUCAAAGGCAUUCGAGAAUUAGAUAUUAAAGCAUAUUAUUGUCCAAUUUUUCAUACUUUAAUUUUUUUUAGUAAUCUCUUUUUGAAAUAGGAAAUUAAGUACUAAAAAUAAUUCGGAAAUAAUUUUCACAGAAUAUUCAUUAUUCCCAUAUCAAAAACAUUAAUCUUCGACAUUUCUAUAAUGUUAAGAUGUUGAAAUUGAUUCUUCUUUAGGCAUUGUCUGCUCGGAGACAUUCAUUUUAAUUGAAACACUUUUUAGGGUUGUAAUAAGCAGUAGCUAAAUUUAUGUGUAUUUCUUGUAUAAAUAUUGUUUUUAUAUUCUUUAUUUACCUUCUUUCAUAUUUGUAAAGACGGAAUUUUAUAAUUGAUAUUUAUCCCACUUUCUGAUGUUCUUCGAGCUCUGAAAUUUCGUACAAACUUUGUGUUGUUGAUGAAAAUACCAGUUUUAAUGUUUGCAGAACUCGAUUACCAAUUAAUUGAUUAAUUUUUAUUCUAUACAAAGGAUGCCAGCCAGUGAUCAAUAUAACAAAAAAUUGUUUCAAACUUUCAUAUUUUAUGUAAAUAAAUUCUAAACUCAGCAAUAAGCAGAAAAAUACUGUUUCUUAAAAAUAUGCUUUUAAUUAGUGUGCUAAAAAGUUUUGUUUUGAGGAAUCUGGGAUAAGGGGUUAAAUGUAAAAGUGUAAAGCCCUGAAAACAAAACGAUCAAGACAUCAAACUAAGUAUAAUAAAAAAGAAAAUUCCUGAACGUUAAAAAUUAAAAUUCAUUAGAAAUGUGAAUAGAAUUGGAGUUUAUUUUGUAAAUAUUUCUAUCUGCACUUCAAGCUUUUAUGUUUUUGUUUGAGCCUCCGAAUUUUUAUUAAAAAUUACUAAUAAUCCAUGUUAUAGUUCCAUAAUGAAAUGUAUUUUUACAAAAGAAAAAUAUCCACAAAACAUUAUGAAAGAGAAAGAAAAUACUUCAAAAUGAAAUCGUUAAUCAAAUUUGGAGGACUUCUUUUAUGUGUUAAUUUGAAUCAAAAGGCAUCAUCUAUCUGCACUUUAAGUGUAUUUUUACAGUGAUGAAAUUAAACGUUUCAUUAGUAAUAUUCAACAGUGUAUUUUGACAAUAAGACGUCACAGACUCAAUAAAAGAACUGCCAAUAGGUUUUUAGCUCCCUCCCUCUUCCAAGGAUCUCGAGGCCAGUUCGUCCAACGUCUGUGCGGAAAACCGAACUUGUUUUAAUUUUUUUUUUUAAUGAUUUUCCCUGGCUGGUUUCAUUUUGUAAUGAAAAUGGACUUGUUGUUUCUGAAUUGAACAAAAUGAAAAAUGUGCAAUAAUUUUUUAAAGGGAGCAUAAGUUUUCUUGAUAGUUUUUAUAUGAUAGGCUAACAUCAAACCUUUCAGUUAUAUUCUAGCUAUUUUUUAUAGCAGUGGUAAUAUAUUCUAUUGCAUAAUAUUUUAUUUGCACUGUUGUAUGGCUUUUCUUCAUGGAAAAAACAAACCCUUAUAGAUAGUAAUAGUGCUCUGCCAAAAUCGCCUGUAUAUAUCGAAAUUGUUUGGUGCAGAGUAGCUUGUUUAUGCUCUUAUAAAUCAUAGUAAUAAAAUGCACAUUGAUAGAAAUAAAAAAAUUGAAAUAAUACUCAGAUUCUGAAUAGAAUAAACUGUUACCUGUGCAUUUACGUUGCUGAUAAAAAUACAUGCAGCUUAUAUGGAGUUCAGUCAUAAAAUUUGGUUCAUUAUUACCAUAUUUAUUCAUAGGUUUGUUGUUUACUGCAGUUAAACUAUAAGCAUUUUCUUCUCAGCUGCGCUAUUGCUACUCCUCACUGAAUAACUAUUACAUAUAUUUUAAGAACGUAAUGAACCAUUUUAUUGAUGAUUGAAAACUUGAAUUGUGUGUUCGCCGGACAUUCUCUUAAUUAUAAAUUGUACAGCAAAAUUUAAUAGAGAUUUUUUUGGAGGGGGAGGGGUGAAAUUCUCAUUUAAAAUGUUUUUUAUACCUAUUUUUAGUUUAAUGAUCUUACCAUCUUUUUCAAAACAUGAUUUGCAUGCAUUUUUUCAUUUUUUAAAAAGAAAUAUUAUAUUCAAGUACUCAUCAUGUUGAAUAUAUUCUUUUAUAUUCAACAUUAUAGCAAAACUAUUUUCAGAGGAUGCCAUAUUCUGUAAUAACUAGACAUAUUGUAUUAAGUAGAAAUGCUGAUAUCACUGGUAUAUUUCAUUAGAUUCAUCUUGUGAGUAAAUUUAUAAAAUAAUAUAUAAAAUUGUGGCAGUAGUUUAUGCUAUCUUUAUUUCCCCCCUAUCUUUUGAAUUUUUUUUUUUUAAUUUUGAUUUAUACAAGUUGCAUUUUUCAUAGGCUUAUUUAAAAAAAUUUUAAUUUCGAUCCAUAUCUCAUAAUUUUUUCCUGUAUUAUUUCGUGUAUUAAAAAUCUUUAGAUUGUUUUUAUAAUUCUUCCUAGCCGUUGUAUAUGAGCAUUAUUCAUUUAAUUUAGAUUUGAUUUACGUACCAUUGUAUGCCAAUGUUUUUGCUUGCUUUGAUUUUGAAACUACUCUUGCCGAUACAAAUGAUCAAAUGCUGUCCACAAAAAUUUUAAUUUAUGUUCGUACGCAGUAGAGAAGUACUAGUUUAUAAAGAUGUGUCUAAGGUCUCUGUUGUGAGAAAACCUUAAACAGACACUUUUAUACUGUCUGAUAGAAGUAUUUAGUUAAGCUGUAUUUUCCUUUCGAGUACUGUUGACAAUACAAUGUUUUUUAUAAAAUUUUUAUCAUGAUAGAAAAAUUCUUGCAAGUAUAGAUUAUUCCAAAAUUUUCCGUUUAUAUAUAAAUAGAUAAAUUAGAUGUAAACAGAUAUUAACAGCUGUGUUUAUAAAAUAUUGGAAAGAUUUUUGUUUGAUAAAAAAAAAAAAUUUUAAUGCAUCAGUAUGAAAUAAAUUAUUUGAGAAUUUCACUUUGUAUAUGUGUGAUUUUUGAUUUAAUUAUUCACAACAUGAAUUCUGCAGAAGAAAUACGAUUUUCAUAUUUGCUAUUAAAUAAGGUGGAAACUCACCUUACUUUCGCUUACAGUGAACAGCUGUUUUGUAUAUGUUGACCUUAAGAAAUAUGGAUUGCUGAAUCGAUAGAAGAAAGGAAGAUAAUUUGAUUAUUUAGUUAUUCUAUGUUAAUAUCAAAUAAAGUUCUGAAAGUUGACAUUUCUCAGACUGUUUAUUAAAAAUUAAAAUCAUUAUCGUCGUUAUGAAAAUACUAAUGGGCAAGUGAAAC